AUGGCUGAUGUGUCGGACAUCACACCCCAUCUCGACCGCCUCGACUGCGACUUGGACAAACUCGAGGACUCACUGAGGCCAAUACUGACCAACUUGGGCGAAGUAGCCUCCAAGCUGCCCCUGCUUGACAAGGCCAAGCUCUACGUUCUCGCCACGUACUCAAUAGAGACGGCCCUGUUCUCAGCCCUGCGUCUCAACGGAACAGACGCCAAGGAGCAUCCGGUGUUUAAGGAGCUCGCCCGCGUGCGGCAGUACUAUGAGAAGAUCAAGAAGGCCGAGGAGCCGCCUGAGCAGCGUACACAGAGCGUGAACACUCAGGCUGCCAUCCGGUUCAUCAAGGCUGACCUGGCUGGUGACAACAAGGAAGUUGAUACGAAGCUCAAGGAGCAGCUGGCGAAGGAGCGUGCAAAGGCGGCUAUCCAGGCCAGGAUGAACAAGAAGCGCCCCGCCGAGGACUCCGAUGCCUCCUCUGCGGUCGCAGACCUGAUAUCCGCCGAGAGCUCAAAAGCCGCGGCGGCCGAGAGCUCGGCUGCGAACAGCGCCGCGGAGGAAGGAGAGGUGAACGAGCCCGGCAGGAAGAAGGCAAGAAAGGGCAGGGGCGAUAGGAGCAACAAGGAUAAGAAAUCCAAGAAGGACAAGAAGAAGUGA